AUGCCGCAGCUUGAGUGGAACCAGUUGGCUCGAAACUCGACCACACGCUUGGCCUGUCCAAUCGGGUGCGAACCGGAAUUCGACCUUUCGGUGAAUCUUUUACGAGUUAUACUUUCAAGACGUAUUCAGGUGAUCACAAAGAUACCGUAUGACAAUGACAAAUGCCAGAAAUACUACACAUACGGGAAGUACCGCAAUCGGUCGGAAAACGAAUGGUAUCUCUGGAUGACCGAUCCUUGCGUUGCCACACUCACUACUCAUUGUCGUUUCAAAGAUGUGCCACUGAACGCAAAAAGUGAGACAAGAAAAUUAAGACAGAAGGCUUUAGUCAAGAAACUAUAA